AUGACUCGAACUCAUGCGGUAAAUCCUGUUCCGCAAUUGAACAUUCUGGACGGACUGCAAAUUGCUCAAACUUUCCUGUUUCGUGUUCCCUGGACCAUUGUUUCCACUCUUUCCCGUCGUUGGUGGCCGUUCAACAACUACCAACCCCCACCCUUGAAGGAACACUUAUUCCGCCAUCUCAUGACAUGGUACGAUCUGAGCUUAUCAGAAGUCAACUCCAAAAACCACAAAAACUACAUUAUUAACAGUUCUAGUAUUUUCGAGAAUCUCCCACCCGCUGUGAUAAAACGAAUAACGGUCCGAGAUGAAAAUGAAAUCCUCGAUUCCAUACGCUAUAAUGAUCUGAAGGGACAAAUUUUCCAGCGUAUUCAACAGGAAAAGUUUUCGGCAUACUGGCUCUGUCGCGGCCUGUCCUUGGAGCCAAUCAAGCCUAUUGAUGCAGAUGUGAUUCUGCUUCAUGUCCAUGGAGGGGGAUAUGUGAUGGGCCAUCCAUCACAAAACGCCCCUGAACUUCUGUUCAUGGCGGAAUUACUAGCUGGGAAAGGGUUGAAAACAGCGAUUUUCUCGCUUGAAUAUUCUUUGAUGCCUAACGGCUAUUUUCCUACUCAGAUUGACCAAUUGUUUGCCGCUUAUGAGUGGAUUGUACACACGAUGGGCGUGGAUGCAUCUAAGAUAUUGAUCAUGGGAGAAUCAGCUGGUGCUCACUUGGUCCUGUCUUUCCUUACUUUUCUAUCCGAAACGAGUGAUCCAACUUCACUUCCAAAACCUAGGGCUGCCUUCCUCCUCAGUCCCUGGGCCAACCUACGGUCGGAUCAUCCGAAGACACUUGCCCUUCACUGGGAGGAUCGAUUGUUCAAGGAAUCACUGGAUGCUUCAGCAAAGGAUUUCCUUCGUAACGCAACUUCCCACCAGCUGGAUCUCUAUGAGAGCUUUGCGACGAAGAACAGCUGCACAAAACGCCGUCCCUGGAAUGAAAUCCUUCCAAGCAUUACCCGGGUAUCCGCUGGAUCCGAUGAGCUUGUUUUUCUAUAUGAUAUCCAAGAUUUUGUUGAAAAUGCGCAAGAAGAUGGUGCGGAGGUUAGCAUAACUAUAAAAGAAGGAGUCGACCAUGCAUGGCAGUCAAACGAGGCGCGAGGGUUUCAUCAACGCUUUUUAGGACAACGGAGAGGAUCUAUCGAUGAGUCCAUCAUGCCUGGUUAUCGUGAGGUAGCGCAGUUUGUCGGUUCGAUAUUUGCGCCUUGUGAUAAAUGA